GCAUUCCACUGCCGCCUGCCGGAAAAGGAAAACGCAUGGAUGUAUGUGUUUACAAUCUUUCUUAACAAGCUUAAAUUCGCAGGUGCUGUUCGUCAUGAAACAAGUGUAGGCGAUACCGGCAAGAGAAAAUAAUGACACAUUUAUUAUUUGCUACUACUCAUUUAGUAUGAUAUAACACGUAUGUGUUUGUUUUGUACUUGUACAACAGGCGGGGUAGCCAAAUAAUCUGUCGCAUCGUCAGGCCACCCACCACCAUAUGCAGCAGUGAUUUUUAAGAAGUGGGACAAGCGAACAGAUGGCGCAUCUAGGCUGCGCGCGACAGGGACACCUACAGUGUUGAAACAGUGUUGGAUAUGAACAAGGCAGCUAGUAAAGGCGUGUUUUAUGUAGUCUACAUCUAUGCCAUUUCUGAGUGGAUUGGAUAAUAUUACAUCGCAGGAUUUCCUCCUGAAUCGUUGCUUGAGCCUGCCUACUCUACUUUGGCGCGGGUAUUGGAAAACACGCAGUGACGGGGCCAUCGCCACCGGUAGCUAUAAUCAGAGAGGAAGAGGCGAAGUGAAGCUUUUGCUAUAAUCUCCUAUUUGACGCAUCUCUCAGUUGGUAAACAAUGGUUGACAACCGGUAUGCCACGGCUUUGGUUAUCAGCUGUGUGCUCAGCGUGCUGGCUACGGUGUACCUGUCUGUAGCGGUUGGGACGCAGCACUGGUACCAGUACACUAGUCCCCCAGUGCGCGGCGAGGCCAACAUAUCCGAACUGCGGUCGCUGCAUGAUGAAUUCAUGGACGGGGAAUUCGAUGAGAAGACCUACAGCGACACGCUCUUCCGUCUCAACGGGACCAUAGGCCUCUGGUGGCGCUGCGUUCUGGUGCCAUCUCAUACCCACUGGUACAAGGAGUCGGGUAUGUACAACCUAAUCUCCUCCCAUAAACUCAGUCAACACGGAUUUCCUCAAAACAAUUUGUUUUUCAAAUCCAUGGUUUUAUCAGGGCAUGAUUUAUGCUUUUUUUUAUUUCUCAAUUUCUCCUCUGUUUCAGAUCCAAAGAUGGUGAUGAAGUGUGUUAGCUUCACGUUAACACAGCAGUUUACCCCAAAGUACAAAGAGCCAGGGAACCACAACAGUGGAGAGGACAUGCUGCGGACCUACCUGUGGAGGUGCCAGUUCCUACUGCCAUUAAUCUCCUUAGGUCUGGUGGUGCUGGCAGGCUUGAUAGGGUUCUGUGCCUGCCUCUGCCACAGUCUCACCCCCACCCUGGGCAUAGGAAUGCUCCACCUGCUGGCUGGGCUGUGUACUCUAGCCACAGUGUGCUGUUACCUGGCAGGGAUGGAUCUCCUCCACAGGGUCUCUGUGUUGCCAGACAAGGUGGACGGCUCCCUGGGCUGGUCGCUCUACCUGGCCCUCAUCUCGUCCCCACUGCAUAUGAUGGCUGCCGCUCUCCUGGUGUGGGCGGCACGCAGCCACAGUCAGAACUACUACCGCAUGACUGCCUACAGGGUAGCAUAGAGACCAGGCCUGCUGGUGCCUGACUAUCUGUUUUUAUAUAGGCACAUUUCCAAAUCAAAACCAUAAUUCCAACCACAUGAUACUUGUUGAUCUUCAAAUAACUGAAUAAGAAUAUAGAAAAUGCUCAUCUUUGCCCUCUGAUAGGCUACUGGGAUUUUCAGCCUAUUGCUUUUCACACAGUUGCUUAUCCAAUCAUUUCAGAUCUAUUAAAGUGCCUAGUGUAAGGGUGAGGGAGUUGAAAUUGGGAAACAGUGUGACCCAGAACAAAAUGUACCAUUGGUUAGACCAACAAGCAUAUAAUUGUUUAUAAUAGACUUUCCAAACCGUAACCAACCACAGUCAGAUAUGCUUCCAUUCGACUUUCAUAUGUACUAGCAAGAAAUAUUAUUGGCCCAUGUUUGGAAAAUCAAACCGUUCUGAAAGAAAUAUGUUUAUGGUGAUUCAAGUUUAGUCCAAACAUUUGAUUACAGUACCAGUCAAAAGUUUGGUCACACCGACUCAUUCCAGGGUUUUCUUAUUCUACAUUGUAGAAAAAGAAUGAAGACAUCAAAACUAUCAAUUAACACAUAUGAAAUCAUGUAGUAACCAAAAAAGUGUUAAAACAAAGCAAAAUAUAUUUUCAAUUUUAGAUUCUCAAAAGUAGCCACCCUUUGCCUUGAUGACACCUUUGCACACUCUUGGCAUUCUCUCAACCAUCUUCACCUGGAAUGUUUUUUAAACAGUCUUGAAGGAGUUCCCGCAUAUGCUGAGCACUUGUUGGGUGCUUUUCCUUCCCUCUGCGGUCCAACUCAUCCCAAACCAUGUCAAUUGGUUUGAGGUCAGGUGAUUGUGGAGGUCAGGUCAUCUGAUGCAGCACUCCAUCACGCUCCUUCUUGGUCAAAUAGCCCUUACACAGCCUGGAGGUUGUGUUGUGUCAUUGUCCUGUUGAAAAACUAGUUAUAGUCCUACUAAGCUCAAACCAGAUGGGCUGGCGUAUCGCUUCAAAAUGCUGUGGUAGCCAUGCUGGUUAAGUGUGCCUUGAAUUCUAAAUUAAUCACAGUGUCACCAGCAAAGCACCACCACACCUCCUCCUCCAUGCUUCAUGGUGGGAACCACACGUGCGGAGAUCAUCCAUUGACCUACUCUGCGUCUCACAAAGACAUGGCGCUUGGAACCAAAAACAUUUGGACUCAUCAGACCAAAGGACAGAUUUCCACCGGUCUAAUGUCCAUUGCUCGUGUUUCUUGGCCCAAGUAAGUCUCUUCUUAUUAUUGGUGUCCUUUAGUAGUGGUUUCUUUGCAGCAAUUCAACCAUGAAAGCUUGAUCCACAUGGUCUCCUCUGAACAGUUGAUGUGUAGAUGUAUCUGUUACUUGAACUCUGUAAAGCAUUUAUUUGGGCUUCAAUUUCUGAGGCUGGUAACUCUAAUGAACUUAUCCUCCACAGCAGAGGUAACUCUGGGUCUUCCUUUCCUGUGGUGGUCCUCAUGAGAGCCAGGUUCAUUAUAGUGCUUGAUGGUUUUUGGUUUUCGGAUUUACUGACCCUCAUAUCUUAAAGUAAUGAUGGACUGUCAUUUCUCUUUGCUUUUUGAGCUGUUCUUUCCAUAAUAUGGACUUGAUAUUUUACCACAUAGGGCUGUCUUCUGUAUACCACCCCUACAUUGUCACAACUGAUUGGCUCAAACACAUUAAUAAGAACAGAAAUUCCUCAAAUAAACUUUUAAUGCACACCUGUUAAUUGAAAUGCAUUCCAGGUGACUACCUCAUGAUGCUGGUUGAGAGAACUUCAAGAGUGUGCAAAGCUGUCAUCAAGGCAAAGGGUAGCUGCUUUGAAGAAUAUCAAAUAUGUUUUGAUUUGUUCAACAAUUUUUUUUGGUUACUACAUGAUUCCAUAUGUGUUAUUUCAUAGUUUUGAUGUCUGCACUAUUAUUCUACAAUGUAGAAAAAUAGUAAAAAUAAAUAAAAACCCUUCAAUGAGUAGGUGUGUCCAAACUGUUGACUGGUACUGUAUCUCAAAUUGUAUUUCGACCUUAGAACCUGGACAUAGCCAGGACAAAUGGAAAAAUAUAAGCUACAAAUAUUUCCUUUUGAGUGACAAUCUAUAGAAAGAUACAUAUUGUUUGUAGUGGUUGUGUUUGGAUAUUUUGUAAGUAAUUUGUUGAUUUUUAAGAGAUUUGUUUUGUUUAGUCUUUUUAUCAGGAGUAUUAUUUUGAUUGAUUUGUAAGAUUCUGCAGAACUUCGUGGUAAUGUAUUACCCCCACAGUACAGCUAGGUUAAUAGUGGACAAUGUCACUUUGUUACGAAGGUUCUGGUUUGUACACAUGACGUUACAUUCCGUUGUAGACUAUUGCUCACUAUUGAGCAAUACUUUGAUUUGUGUUACAUUUUUUGUUAUUUAUGUUUUUUUUGUUUACUUAAUUUAUUCAUUUUUACAUCACCUACAAAUGCCACUUCUAUGGCAUGGGCUUGUAUUAAUAAUCUCAAAGAAAUGCGAAGAUUAAACUGUGAACUGUUAAUACUAAUUUAUUAUGUCAAGAAUGUAUUUAAUGUGGUCGUAUGAAAAACGUUAAUGAUCCUUUUUCUUCGAAUACUAGUUAUUUUUGGGAUCCUAUUUUUAAAUGCUUUGCAACGAUAUUAUUAUUAUUAUUAACAUUAUUCGUAGGUAUUUCAUCUGUAUUUAGUCUACAAUGUACAAUUAACUGUUCGCAAGUGAAGAUUAAUGUCUGACAAAUACCCUGAUCAACCCUUGACCGUCAAGAAGAAUAGAGUAGUUGGAAACAUAUUAAUUUAAAUUGUGUGUCUAUAAGGUCUGCAUGUAUUCAUAUACAUGAUAUGACAGCAGUCAAUGUUUCCUGAAAACGUAUGCGUUAUGAAAGGUAAGAUUUAUGAAAGAAUGUGGACUUAAAGUAGCUGAUGAGUCAAGCUUUUUCAAAAUGAUGUCGAUUCUUUUUUUUUUUUUUUUCAAUAUUUAAAACAAAUGGUUCUAACCAUAUUUUCUGCCUGGCAAAUGCAAAUCAAACAAAUGGUAGCCUCCCAUCUUUCCUGCCUCAAAUGUAGUUCAUAUGGCAAAUUAUAUGGUAUGUAUGUGCUUCAGUAAAUCUGUUGUGAAUGUAUUUUAUCUCCCAAGAGAUAUCCUGGAGUAGCGAGCAAGUGUGGAAAAUGUUGAAUUGUGAGCUGAUGAUGUCAUACUAAGUUAGUGUGUGUGCGUGUGUAUUGAAGCGUUUUAUCAGCAAAUGCUGUCGUUUCAGUAAAGGAUUUUAUUUUUUACACUUUUGAAGUUCAUAACAUUUGAACAAUGUGUCUCACUUGACAACCUUAUUCCUGAGGUGUGUUUUGAAUCUACUGUUCAUAUCAAGAACUUGAAAUUAGCUCUGAUUUGUAUUGUCCAUUUAGCUAGUCACUCUCCAUAUUCCAUUAGCUUCUGAUAGCCUUCGUCCAUCUCCUCUUCCUCCUCAAUUUCUUCCUCUUUCUUCUGGCGCACUUUUCCACUUUCCCUGUUCUUUUUCACUCUCCAACCAGAUGGACGGUAUCCCCACACUUCUCUGUCUUGCCAGGGAGAGAGCUAUGCCCUUCUCAUAGUACGCACAUUCAUUAAUGAAGAAUGGAUAGAGAGGCUCAGUCCCUUGGUACUUUCGUGUCUCUCCGGAGGAAAUCUGGAACAAAAGGUCAAGUUAAACAAUUUAAAGGCAAUGCUACCGAAUUCUAAUUAUGUGUAUGUAAACUUCUGACCCACUGGGAAUGUGAUGAAAGAAAUAAAAGCUGA